GCCUGAUGUGUUGAGCUGAGCUCAGUGAGGUCAGGAGCGGUGGGCAGCACUGAGCUUUCAUACAGCCAGCGUACGCUGGGAAAGGAUGGUGCACUUAAAUCUUGCUGGACGGAACCGCAGCCAGUGGAAACUUAUGGAUCAUGUACUGCUGUCUGUCCUGGUUCUGGUCCUGCUGCCUCUCAAAGGUUCCGGGACCACACAAACAUCAAUGACCACAACCUCACCAACUCCAGGGGGCUCCCCUGCUAAAACAGAGGUUACGAAUCAAACAGCCACAUCCACAUCAACUGCAGCGGACACUGCAAUGACGGCAACAGGUUCCGGGACCACACAAACAUCAAUGACCACAACCUCACCAACUCCAGGGGGCUCCCCUGCUAAAACAGAGGUUACGAAUCAAACAGCCACAUCCACAUCAACUGCAGCGGACACUGCAAUGACGGCAACAGGUUCCGGGACCACACAAACAUCAAUGACCACAACCUCACCAACUCCAGGGGGCUCCCCUGCUAAAACAGAGGUUACGAAUCAAACAGCCACAUCCACAUCAACUGCAGCGGACACUGCAAUGACGGCAACAGCUGUGAACUACUGGAUGAGGAUCAGUGUUAAUGUGUCUGGACACAGUGAGGCAGACAUCACUGCGUGGCUCAAGGGGCUGUUUCAGCAGCAUCUAGGUGAAUGCAGGUACAUCACUAAUGCUACUUCUGCCACCUCGUCACAAAUGGCAUUCACAUCCACCACUCCGCCCUCUGAAACCAGCGAUGGCACACACAGCAACACCUUCUCAACAACACCUGACGACUUUAGUUCUCCCUCUACACAGAGCGCCACGCCAUCGCCUGCAGUUCAGCUUCAAACCCAGGCAUCGGGGAACAGCUCGGUAAAAGAAAAUGAAACCACUACCAGCCUCUUUCAAAACAUUGAGGUGAUGUGUGACAAUAAGACGGCCGUACGACACACUGAGUGCACCGUGCUGUUGCAGCUGAGUCAGCCGACCAGUCCGUGCUGCAUUGCCCGCAUCGUAAGCAUCGUACAGGUUAACUCCACCAUCCAGGGGCAGGUGAUUGGAAACCAAGUACAGAGAGUGGGAAAAGAGCUUUGCCACAGUGAUGCUACAGGGUCUCCAGCUGGAAGCUUUGAGAAGAAUGGUUCUCUCAACACUGAGGUUCUCUGUAAUUCAAAUGCUGCAAUGCACGUCUUGUGCAGUGGCGACAGUGAGAAUGUUACUCAUAACCCGGUCAAGAGCAGCUCUACUUGCGUGCCAUCGCCCACUGACUGCAUGUUCUCACAGGACUGUAGCGAUUACUCAAGGUACUACUGGAUGAGGAUGAGUGUUAACGUGAUUGGAAAUGUGUCUGAACAUAAUGAGUCAAAGAUUACUGCAUGGGUCCAGAGUCUGUUUCAGCAGCAUGGAGGCGAAUGCGCGUUCAUCCUCAAAUCUUCUGCUGCCUCCUCGUCACACCUGCCAUUUACCACUUCUGAAAGCAGCAGUAGCGCAUACAGCGCCAGCUGGGGAACCAGCUUAAGUUCUGCUCCCUCAACACAAAAUGUCAGCACAACAAAUGAAAACACCACCAGCCUUUUCCAAGACAUUGAUGUCAUCUGUUACAAGACUAGCAUAGGGUGCACUGAGUGCACCGUGCUGUUGCGAUUGAGUCGGCCGACCAGUCCGUGCUGCAUUGCAUGCAUUAUAAGUGCAGUCCAGAUGAACUCCACCCUCCAGGGACAGGUGUUAGAGAUGAGGAAAGAGGCCGUGACAGCUGAGGACCUGCUGAAGCAGAGCAAGAACGGUUCAGCCCUGAACUCCACUCAGGUGAAGUGGAUUGUGUUUUGGCUUGAGACGCUUCUCUCAGGGCCCAACGUCACACUGGAACUGGGGAACAUUUCCAUUAACAUUGUCAGCAGUCUGCUGGAUGCAUCAGCACAGAUGCUGUCAUCCUGUUCAAACAGAAUCAUUAGAACUGUGGACGCAGUUGGUUUGAAGCUGGAGGAACUGGGACAGAAUAAGACCAUUCUCUCCCCAUAUGUGGCUCUAGCAGUGGUGAGAGUGAAUGGGACUGACUUUCCCAACACCUCGUUCACCGUGAACUCCUCCAACUUACAGAUCAAUUUUGACUCACUCAGCUGGAGCGUAAACAACACAGCCUUUCCUCUUCAGGGUUCCAUCAUUCUCCCCUCCACCCUCUUGAGCAAAAUCAGUAUGGAUGAGAAAAAGCAAGCAUCCAGAAUACAGUUUCAUUUCUACCAGAAGAGCUCUCUCUUCCAGGACCAAGAGCCAAACUCGUUAAUCAGCGGAGUCCUGGGAUGCAGUGUGGCUAACCUGUCUAUCUCCAACCUGACAGACAAUGUGACAAUUACGCUGAGGAAAACUGAGCCUGUUUCGAAUGAUUCUUCCGUAUCCUGUGUGUUUUGGAAUUUCAGCUUGAACAGUGGCUCUGGUGGCUGGAGCUCCGAAGGCUGCACUGUGAUGAGCAGCACUGAGACUGAGACGGUGUGCAGCUGUAACCAUCUCACCAGCUUUGCUCUGCGGAACCGUCGUGGCAGCACGAACCUAACCAAUGAAGACUUAGCCGAAGGUCUGCUGAAUCAGGCCAGGGACGCCUCUGCUCUGAACUCCGCCCAGGUCCAGCGCAUUGUGUCUGAGCUAGAACUGCUUGUCUCUGGGCCAGAAGUCAGCCAGACUCUGGGGAGCACGUCUAUCAACAUCGUCAGCAACCUGCUGGCCGCAGCACCAGCAGCGCUGGCGUCCACUGCAAGCAGGAUUGUUGAGAUUGUGGACCGUGUUGGCUUGAAGCUGGUGGUGAACGGACAGAAUAAGACUAUUCUGUCCCCGUCUGUUGCUCUGGCAGUGAAAAUGGUGAAUGGGACUGUCUUUGAACAGACCUCAUUCACUCUGACCGACUCCUCCACCCUGCAGAUUGAUGGAGACUCCGUGUCCAGGAUGAGCGUCCUGCCUCCUCAGGGAUCGAUCGUUCUCCCAGCCUCCCUUAUGGCCAAUCUCACCUCACAGCAGCAGAAGCUAGCGUCCAGAGUCCAGUUCAGUUUCUACCAGAAGAGCACCCUUUUCCAGGACAAAGCACUGAAAUCUGAACACUGGCUGGUCAGCGGAGUUCUGGGCUGCAGUGUGGCUAACCUGUCCAUCUCCGAUCUGCGAGAGAAUGUGACGAUUAUCCUGAGGAACACAGAGCCAGUGCCGGCCGACUCUUCAGUAUCCUGUGUAUUUUGGAAAUCCAGCUUAAACAGUGGCUCUGGCGGCUGGAGCUCUGAAGGCUGCACUGUGCUAAAUAGGACUGCGAAUGAGACGGUGUGCCGCUGUAACCAUCUCACCAGCUUCGGUGUGCUGCUGGGACAUGGCACUCCAUCCAUCAUCCUCACCUUCAUCACCAAUAUUGGCUGUGGCAUCUCCGCCACUUUCCUGUCCCUCACCCUGAUUACCUACCUGGUCUUUGAGGAACUGCGUGUUGAUAUCCCCUCCAAGAUCCUGAUCCAGUUCUGUUUGGCUUUGCUGCUGCUGAAUCUAGUGUUCCUUUUGGACUCGGAUCUGGCUCAGAAGCUCAGCAAGGCGGGUCUCUGCAUCACCACAGCUUUCUUCCUGCACUACUUCACGUUGGCCUCCUUCACUUGGAUGGCUCUGCAGGCAGUCCACAUGUACUUGACCAUCGUCAAAGUGUUCAACACCUAUUUUUCUCGCUUCAUGAUCAAGUUAGGCCUUGUUGGCUGGGGCAUUCCUCUGGUUGUGGUCAUCACUGUCUUGGCCAUUAAUAAGGACUUCUAUGGCCUUCGGUCCUAUGGAAAGUUGGAAGAUGGAUCCAUGGAUUACUUCUGCUGGUUUAAAAUGGAUGAAGCCUUCUACGCUGCUGUGAUGUCAUACUUCUGUGUCACCUACCUGCUGAGCUUCAGCAUGUUCGUAGUGGUGAUGGUCCUGAUGUGCCGCAUUAGGAGUCAAAACCCCCAUUAUGUACGAAAACGGACCUUCAUGCAGGACUUCAGGGGCGUAACUGCACUUCUCGUUUUCCUGGGCCUCACCUGGGGCUUUGCUUUCUUCGCCUGGGGCCCUGUUAAUCUGGCAUUCAUGUACCUGUUUUCCAUCUGUAACUCUCUGCAGGGAUUCUUCAUCUUUGUGUUCUACUGUGCUGCGAAGGCGAAUGUCAGGAACCAGUGGAGGACGUACCUGUGCUGUGCAGAUUGCAGUCUCCAGGGAAUCUCAGAAAGAAUGCAUAAGGUCUUCAGUGGAGUCCCCUUUAUCUCCUCAUCACGACCCAAGAUGUCUUUCAGCACCCCAAAGACUCUUCACAGUGGACCUGAAGGAUCAAGACAAAGCAUAUCACUUCACCCCAGGAAUGAACAUGCUGAGACAUUGACCACUGUGGUGCCCAGCUCGGACUGUGCUGGUUGGCACUGAGGCCGGAGACACCACGACCUACAGUUAACCAUGUGCUUGCUUAGAUUUGGACUAUUUGUGAGGGAAACCUUUGGUCGAUCUGCAUACGGUCACAUAUGAGGGAUUUAAGUCUGUAGACACGGAUCCUGAUUAAUCGAUACGAACGCCGGUUACACCGUGGACUAAACAGCUCGAGCUCUUAUUUGUGUGGUGAUUCUGUAAAAGGUACUGAGGUGUGCUCACAAGGGCUUGGAUGCAGCUGCCUGUAAAGUUAAACUGCAAUGGAAAAUGUACAAAAAAAAAUGAAAUAUGUAAAAUACUAGAUGAAGUAAAAGUAUAACAGGAUUGGUUAAUGAGAUUCCAGUCAUUAUGUAUAAUUAUAAAAGGCUAUGUAUAUACUAUGAUUUUUUUUAUUUAUUAUAGGUCAAAUAGAAUUAUUGUAGACAGACAGACAGACAGACAGACAGACAGGUGACAAAUCAAAGGAAAAAUCAACAUUAAUUGUGAGGUGUUUGGCCACCAGGAGCCACCGGAAAAGCUUCAGUGCACAUGGGUUAAGUCCCUGGAACUGAGAACACUAGAGGGAUGGAACACCAUUCUUCCAAAAGAUAUUCCCUCAAGUGGUGAAGAGCAAACCCACUGGCCUGAAAUCUCUCAGAUGUUCCACUGGGUUGGGAUCUGGUGUCAGAGAAGGUCAUAACGUUUGGAUUUACAACGUUUUCAUACUCAACCCAUUCAGUGACCCCCUGUGCUCUGUGGUAAGGGGCAUUUGAAGAGACCACUCCCUUCAGGAUGGAAAUGUUUCACACAGUCAGAAGAACUUUGGGUUGAUUUUCAGGGACCCUUUCCUCUGAGGGGACAGGUGGAAAGAAACCAGGUAGCCACCGGACCCCUGCAUUACAGGUUUACGUCACACAUGCACUUACGGUGUAGAAUUGUGGUGAAGGGACAGUCGUCUGACCCAGGGCCAGCUCUAGCCUUUUGGGUGCCCUAGGCAGGAUUUUUGGGGGGGUCCCAUCUUGCUGGCUGAUAUGCUGUAAAUUCAGAGGCAGGCUAAAACGUUUUACCACCAGCUGUCCGAAUUAUAUUCAUAUAUACCUUUUUAAUUUGUGUAUUGCUGAUGAUGCUCAGUUUAAAGUAUAGAUAACCAUCUCGGGGUUCUAGAUCCAGGGAUCCGUCUCACCACGUGGUACUUUUUGCUUAUCCAGCUAACUCUUGGGUUUAUUUUGAUCUUACCCCGGUGGCAAAGGCGACAGGUGUGCUUUUCUAAAGCACUGUUACCUCACAGCAAGAGGGGCCUGGGUUCGAUUCCCUGGCCGGGCGACCGGGAUCCUUUGUUCUCCCU